AUUGCAAACUCAGCGUAGUACGAUUUGGACAGACAAUAACAAAAAAGGAACGCAUUUAACUUUUUACAGUAUUUCGCAAGUACAGUAACUAAAUUCCUAUUGAGAGUGGAAAUUAAUUGUUAGAUCACUUCCUGAAAUGGCAGAAGCACUGGAGGUUACCACGCCGAUUGACGGGGAAGAAAAAGACAAAAUGCUGCAGUCGCAGUCCCUGUCGGACAAUAUCGACUGCCCUAUCUGCCUCCAGUCAUGCAUCCAUCCCACAAGGCUUCCCUGCGGUCAUAUCUUCUGCUUCCUCUGCGUCAAGGGAGUAGCCAGCAAGAACCGACGGUGUGCUCUGUGCCGUCGAGACAUUCCACCCGAAUGCUUGGAACAUCCGGAAUUGGUGCGGGGCACUCAGGACCUCAGCACGAGUUCAGGAAGUGAGAUCCGGUGGUUCUACGAGGGCAGAAACGGUUGGUGGCAGUACGAUGUUCGCACCAGCCAGGAAAUAGAGGAUGCCUAUGCUCGCAAGGAGAAGACCUGCUCAAUUCUCGUUGCCGGCUAUCUCUACUGCGUAGACUUUGAAUCUAUGAUCCAGAUGCGUCAAGAUGAUCCAUCGAGACGUCGUCGGGUUAAGCGGGAUUUAGCGUCGGUGCCAAAGAAGGGUGUAGCCGGCCUUCGUAUAGAUAGCAAUAAUGUUGUUGUGACCGAUGCAACGCCAACAACAUCGGAAAUCACAACCAGUGAGCCAGUUCCUACGUCUGCCAAUCCAAAUCCAGCUUCAUCGCACACUGCCACCGAUGCAGCACUUCGGAUUGCUUCCCACCUGCUCGACUCGAUGCUCACCCAGUCCGAUGACUAUCAGUCUUCGGAUGAGACUAGCCGGGAUAUCAGUCAGGAGAUCUUUGAUGAUUCUGGUGAUCUUCUCGAGGGCAUUCGGAAUCUCACAUUGCGGAACUUUGGCGAGGAGUCCAGUGACACGGAUAGCGAUCUGGAAAUUGUCCUCUGAAUUUAUUCGAAUCCUUAAGCUUCUGAUUUAUUCAUGAAGCAUCAGCAAUUUUUUUCUCAAGAGCUGUAUUUAUUGCAUAUAAUAUUUAGUGUAUGUAUGUACAUGAUGAGUACGCUCAACGCUCCAACGGUCCCUAUCUUCAAAAAUGAAUUUAAUAUGUAGAUGGAAUGGCGCUAUUGUCAAUUUGAGGCAACAAAGUUAUGAAUAUUAUUUUUUGAAAAAUUUA